UUAAUUUAUACUUCAUGUACUUUCCUUCAACAAAUAAAUAAUAAUCAGUAAAUUUUUCUUUCCUAUUUCAUUUCUUGGUUCUUGUUUCUGUCUCUGUGCAAUUCUCCAUUUGAUAGCAAUUGCAAGAACUUAUGAACCUUUAACAGUAAGAUUUUGAUCUGUUCUUUGUAGUCCUAAUUCAAUUUCCAUGGCGGAUAUUGAUGAUACUAAUAAUAACAAAUACAAUGUUGAAGCUGCUGAGAUUUUAGCUAAUGAGGCAUCGCGUAUGCCCAUUACUGAAGCAGUUCCUAUAUAUGAACAACUUCUGGCCAUUUACCCUACUGCUGCAAAAUUUUGGAAGCAGUAUGUGGAGGCACAAAUGGCUGUUUAUAAUGAUGAUGCUACAAGACAAAUAUUUAGCCGCUGUCUGUUGAAUUGUCUCCAAGUUCCUCUUUGGAGGUGCUAUAUACGUUUCAUAAAGAAGGCUAAUGAGAAGAAGGGUUUCGAAGGUCAAGAAGAGACCAGAAAAGCCUUUGAGUUUAUGUUGAAUUAUGUUGGAGCUGAUAUUUCCUCUGGUCCAGUGUGGAUGGAGUACAUCAGCUUCUUAAAAUCUAAUCCGCAGGCUCGCACAACACAGGACGAGACUCAGCGAAUUAUUGCUGUUCGCAAAGCGUAUCAAAAAGCUAUUAUCACUCCAAAUCACCAUGUUGAACAACUAUGGAAGGACUAUGAGAAUUUUGAAAAUUCUGUUAGCCGAGUGCUGGCUAAGGGACUUGUUUCGGAGUACCAACCAAAAUUUAAUAGUGCGAGAGCUGUCUAUCGAGAGAGGAAGAAAUAUAUUGAUGAAAUUGAUUGGAACAUGCUAGCCGUCCCACCAACCGGUUCUUGCAAGGACGAACAACAAUGGAUGGCUUGGAAAAAACUUUUAGCAUUUGAAAAAGGGAAUCCACAAAGGAUCGACAACACAUUAUCUAAUAAGAGAAUUGUUUUUUCUUAUGAGCAGUGUCUGAUGUAUCUAUAUCAUUAUCCUGAUAUCUGGCAUGACUAUGCUACCUGGCAUGCAAAAAGUGGCUCUGUAGAUUCCUCUGUCAAAGUUUAUCAGAGAGCUCUGAAGGCACUUCCUGAUUCUGAGAUGCUGAAGUAUGCUUAUGCUGAAUUGGAAGAAUCCCGUGGAGCAGUCCAGCCUGCAAGAAAACUUUAUGAGAGCCUUUUAGGUGAUGGGGUGAAUGCAACUGCUCUUUCACAUAUACAAUUUAUCAGAUUUCUUAGAAGAACGGAAGGAGUUGAAGCUGCUCGCAAAUACUUUUUGGAUGUUCGCAAGUCACCACAUUGCACUUAUCAUGUCUAUGUUGCAUAUGCUAUGAUGGCUUUUUGUCUUGACAAAGAUCCUAAGAUUGCUCAUAAUAUUUUUGAAGCAGGAUUGAAACGGUUUAUGCAUGAGCCUGGAUACAUCCUGGAAUAUGCAGAUUUUUUGUCGCGUUUGAAUGAUGACAGAAACAUAAGAGCUUUAUUUGAACGCGCACUUAAUUCACUUCCACCUGAAGAAUCUGUUGAGGUUUGGAAGCGGUUUGCACAUUUUGAGCAAACAUAUGGUGAUCUUUCCAGUAUGCUGAAGGUUGAGCAAAGAAGAAAGGAGGCUCUCUCAAGGACCAGUGACGACGCAACUUUAGCACAUGAGAGUUCAUUACAGGAAGUAGUAUCGCGAUACAGUUUCAUGGAUCUUUGGCCAUGUUCAUCGAAAGAUCUGGAUCAUUUGGCACGUCAAGAGUGGCUUGCUAAGAACAUGAAUAAGAAAGUGGAGAAGCCUAGCAUACUGAAUGGAGCUGGUACUACAGGUGACGAGAAGAGUACUUCAGGUGUCAGUACACUGUUGGAUCAAUCUUCAAAAAUAGUAUAUCCAGAUGUUACCCAGAUGAUGGUAUAUGAGCCAGGACAGAAACUAGGAUCUACAGUUCCACCUAGUGGAACGGUUGGUGGACUUCCUGCUCUUUCUGCUACCGUGCCAACAUAUGAUGGGAUUAUGAAAGCUGCUCCUCCUACACUUCUGGCAUUCAUAGCAAAUCUUCCUGCUGUAGAAGGUCCAGCACCAGAUGUAGAUUUUGUGCUGUCAAUAUGUUUGCAAAGCAAUCCUGUACCAGAACAAGCUUCGAAGCAUUUGACUACAGUUACGCAAUUACCUGCUGGAGCUGCUUCUUCGAAAAAUGAGCCUUCUGGCUCAUACAUAUCGCGCCCUAUUCCUAGUGGUUCGUCUUCUAGGAUGACAAGAGACAGACAAUCUGGAAAGAGGAAAGAUUCAGAGAGACAAGAUGAUGAUGAAAUUGCAUCAGUGCAGAGUGCACCUCUUCCUAAAGAUGCCUUCAAAUUACGCCAAAUGCGGAAAGCUCGGGGAGGAACGGCGUCACAAACAGGAUCAACGUCAUAUGGAAGUGUCUUCUCCGGAGAACAAUCUGGCAGCACUAGCUAAUAGCUUGAUACCACAAUUUUGUACAAUUAGUUUUUGUUUGCUGUAACAUUAGUCAUUUUCCUUCCUGUAUCUGAUUGUACAUUGUUAAGGCUACCAAUUAACCUGCUAAUGGUUUGUUUAAUUCCCAGAAUAGUUUCUGUUACAGUAAUCAUUAGCUGCUCCGUAAUCGUUGAAAUUUCGAAGAUUACAGCUCGAUUUAAAAGUGAAUGCAUAUUUCUGGACGAGUGAUUGAUAUACUACAGAAAUCGAUUACAGCUCGAUUUAGUUGUACUUGGGAUUUUUCCCAUAUUGUAAAAUAUAGCCGGUAGCUCGGUAUCAUUGCAAGGGGGUUUGAGCUUGUUGUGAUUGAGAUACAGGUUGAGAAGGCAGCGUUUAGUGAUAGAGCUUAUUGGAAUAUUUUUAGCUGAUUGGGUGACUUAGUUAAUUAGAUGAUUUAAACAAGUUAAAUAGUGUUUGGUAAAAUAACUUAUUCAAACUUACUGGAGCCAACAAAGCUCAAUUUGAACUUGCUAAAAAGCGGCUUGUUAAGUAUUAGUUGGUUCCUCAAUCAUACGACAACAAAGCUCAUUUUCAUCAUCUUGCCUCACCAUCUCAACUUUACAAGCCACAACACAACCACGAUCACGACACCAUAACUCAACCCAUCAACAAUCAUCAAUACAACAAUUGUGCCAACAACCACAAACACUAUCCACGGUGUUAGUAGGGUGUAUUAGUGUGCAAUGGUGGGAGGUGUAACCGAGAUUUACGACGUUAUGGUGUUAGUGGGAUGGGGUUUAUGUAAUAGAGGUGAUUAGGAGAAGGAAGGUGUUACAGAACUAACUCAACUA